ACAAGGCCGGAGUUGCCGUGGCAGCAGCGGAGGCGGGCGGCGCGCAGGCCUGCCAUGGGGGAAAGCCAGGAUGCCGCCGGAGCUCAUGGCUGGAACCGCGUCGGCUCCAUGGCCACCAAGUGGUUCACCGGGGCGCCCUUCGGGGUGCAGAGCCACAGGUUUGACAUCUCUGCUGUUUAUCCCAACUGGAAGAAGUUCAGCACCUUCACUGAGGCCCCAUACUCCAUGCGUUAUUCUACCCAAGUGUCCCACAUAGGCCCUGGGACUUACAGCUCCAAGGAGACCUGCUUCAGCAAGAAGAAGCUGAUGAAGGAGGUGGACACAGGCUGGGCCAAGGCCCAGGAAGCCACGCGGCUGACCCAGCUACCCCACUUCCAGUACCAGGCCAUCAUGAAAGAGAAGCGGCUGAAGGAGCAAAAGCUGGGGCCCGGCUCCUACAACCUCAAAGACUUCUUAGAACAGCUGCGGGAGAAACCAUGUAGCACCCGGGGGCUGCUCAGCUCUGGGGAGGUUCGCUUCCGAGGACUCAUCGGGAACUACUAUCCAGGCCCUGGAAAUUAUGGGGAGAAGGGUAACCCAUACACCAAGCUGGAGGAGAAUGCCUGGAACCGGUCUCAUUCUGAGGGCCUCAUGUGCAGGAUGAGCAACAAGCCGCACCCCCGGCCUCAUCAGGGGAGUGGUCUGGGACCCGGCACCUACUUCUUCAAAAGCGACCUUGAGACAUAUGUGGCACGAUCCGUCGGCACCCGCGGCCCCUAUGACACUUUCUCUGGUGAUCGGAGCAAGCCACUGCCUUAUGGGCACUACUCCACGCAGAAAAAAAAGCCCAGGGAACUGAUGAAUUUCAAGAGCUUCGUAGAAGAACUUAACUCACAUCACAAUAAGAAGCAUGGGGUUUUUUCUAAACUUCCCCGAAACCCGAGAACCCCUACAGAGAGGAUUUACUGGGCCAACCUUAGCCAGUGCCCCCGCACACUGGCCACAUCUGGCCCCAGUUUCUGGCUUCCACAAGAGAAGAAAUGCAAACCCGUCAACCAGCCCCCAUUCCUGUUGACCUCCAAGGGGUCAGGUGCAAAGGCCUGCCAGAUGAUUAUGGGAAGCUGGAACCCAGUAGGUGUGGGCCGCUACCUCAACACCUGGCUGAUGGAGACAAAGGACAGGCGGCAGCGAUAUCGAUCCCUAUUCCUGAGUGGAUCCAAACGCUACCUCUCAGACCUUGCCCGGGAUAUGCUCAUGCAGGAAAGGAUCACACCAUUUACUAAGGGGAAGUGCCCUCCAACUGUGGAUUACAAUUCAGAUCCUACUCCUUAAAGCCACAUGUGAAGGACAGCCUGCAGUGACCGGAGAGCCCAAAGGCCUGAAGACAAAUCUGGGGGAGAUCAAUUAUCCUGAGAACUCAACUCAGCCAGUGACAUGAACAUGGGGGCCAGAGAGCAGAUGGACUGAAGGGAUGGGACGUGGUUGACCCUCGUGGGACCCUUUCUAUUCCAAAGCCAGAGUGCUUGGCUCCUUGUUUAUUAAAGUUCAGAAAGUGG